AUGCCAAAGAAUGCUCUGGUGACGAUUAGAUAUGGGCCCUACAGGAGCUGUGGUCUGGUGGAACAUAGGACCUUCCGCCUGGAGGGAUUGCAAGCUGUGUUGAAAGCAGAUGGGCACAGUAUAAUUCUGGAAGAAAUACCCGAUUGGAAUGAGGUGCAGCUCAUAGUGAAUGGAGAGACUGUCUUUCAGUGCAACAUCAAUGACUUGGAUUUUGGAGGUGAAGGUGUAUUGGACCCACUUUGUCAAGAAGCAAGAAAAGCAGUCUUAAAUGCCUACUGAAUAAGAGGCCUGAUCUCUUUUAUAUCCCAAGCCACACAUUGCCAAAGGAGAACAUCCUUCCAA